AUGAACCCCUUAAAAUGGUUCGAUUAUGCUAUCGAUAAUGGAAUCAUAACAGAAGUUAAUUAUGAUUCGCUUAAGAAAGUCGAGCCUUUUUUGAUAACAUCGUUAAGCUGUAUCAAAAAGGCUUAUCAAACUGAAUUUAACAGGAACAUUGCUCUUAAAUAUCUAAAAGAUGAUGGACAUAAAAGUGCAAAUUUUAACCAAGUUAAACAUGGUCAACAACGAAAAUGUAAUUAG